GAAUAGUGGACCACACCUAGAUCAUGGUGAGUCACGUGAGGAAGUUCACUCCCAUCGAGCACAACUUGUGGAGGAAGCAGGCGCUCCGAUAUGCAGCACUGAACACUUUACCCGGUUUAUGGUCAACAACCACAAGACAGACCAUUCCCAGAGUCUAUCCAGAGCCCGUUGAAGAGCCACAGGACCUCCAGGGAAAUCAACGAUAUUCCAGAGCUUUAGGUCAUCAGCAAAUAAGAGCGAUGGUACCUCAAGCUCCUCCGGCAAGUCAUUCACGUACUGAGAAAAGCAGCGGACCUAGGACAGAGCCUUGCGGAACGCCGCUAAGUACAGCUUGUCGAAACGAAAGACUUUCCCACACGAAUACACUGUUCCCGUCCAUCCAUUGGAGAGCGUGACCAGCUAUUCCACACGACCUCAACUUCAGUGAGAGUCGCGAAUGGGGGACAGUGUCAAAGGCCUUGGCAAGUCAAUGAACAACACCGCAUGUCCACUGUCUACGGCUUCAGCCCAGCACUCACAAGGUACCAUAAAGUUCGUCUGACACGAAAAUCCUUUGCGAAAACCAUGUUGCUCGACGCUAAGCAGGUUAAACCUAUUUAAAUGGUCCUCUACUGUAUCUCGUACUAAUCUUUCA